ACUUGUGACGUCAUGCCAUUCCUCGGGAACUUCAAAACUGAAGAGGAAGAAGUUUUGGAUCUGAAGUGAAAUUGCGAUGUUGUCAAUGGAGUUAAGAUACUUCUUUUUAAGUUAAGUUGUUUUAUUAUCGCUUAGAAAUAAUUCUUGGAAGAGUUUAUUAAGUUUAACGACUUUGAAAAGGAACAAGAUAAGCCAGCGAAAUGAACAUACUGUUUGCUUUAGUCGGUUUAGUUGCGUUGUUGGUUUUCUCUGUUGAUUCUUCUCCUUUGAACAGAAUUUCGAAAGAAUCUACCAUCAGAAUCGUAAAACGAGAAGCAGGACUAGACAACAACUCAACUUUGCCGCAAGGAAACUCGUCUGGCCUUUGUAACACAACGGAUUGUAAUAAUUCUACUUCAAACGUCACUUCAAAAUUCAACCUUACAAAUUCUUCGAACGUCACAGCGACGUGGUUGAAUUUAACUCAAGUUUGUAGCGAAAACAAGACAGGAAUAACUCUGCAAUGCAAUGGUACUACUUUAAAUCUGACCAAACACUGCGAGGAUACGAAAAAUGGAAAUAUUUCGUUAUAUUGCGUUAAUGAGACCACGAGUAACAACAACGUUUCAUUAUCUUCGAAUGCAACAUUGUUUAACGCGACGAUAAUGAAGCCUAAUCAAACGCUUUCGAAUGCUAGCAUGAAUGCUACAGCCCCCAACGUAACCUCUGUYAACGAGACGGUAAAUGGGACAGUUGGACUGGCUAAUACGAUUUCCCUAUCUCAAUCUGUUAGUCUUUCAGUGACUGCUACGUUAACUGCCAGCCCAAGCUUGUCAGUAGCAGUCACGUCAAGUUACUCUGGGUCUGCUUCUCCAACCCUAGUAUCGACGUCUUCGAGUAUUCAGCCUUCUAGCACUUCAUCUGUGGCUCCAGUGUCUAGUUGGUCAGUUGCUGCAACAACAGUUGCUGUCGUAGACACUACAACACAGUCAACUACAACACAGUCGACUACAACACAGUCGACUACAACACAGUCGACUACAACACAGCCAACUACCACUGAGGCAACAACAGCCCAGAUAACUAAACCUGAGACAACAACAACACAGCCAAAAACGACUGAAUCAACAACAGCACAACCAACAACACCGAAAGCCACCACACAUGGGGCCGAAACAACUGCCACCAAGACGGAAGAGGCAACUACUUUGAAAAAAGAAACUGAGCAUGUAACACCUGGGUCAACAUCUGGGACAGAUGAAAAAGACAAGUCAACAGCGGCAACCACAAUGAAAAGUCCUUAUAACAAUGCYGAGAUUAUUUCGUUUCAGAAUGUGAAGUUCUUCUAUGUCAACAUUCUCAUUCCUGUUGGUGCUGGAGUAUGUGGAGCACUGUUGAUUGCUUUCAGCGUCCUCUUGUUUARAUGUUGCCGAAGACGAAAACUGAAGAAAGUACGAUACUUUGGAAAGCCAAGAAAAGGACACACCCGAAGCAGCAUGGACCACAUGAAUCUGUUGGCUGUUUCUAGUGACGAGGAAUGAUUAAAAGUAGCUUGGUAUAUGCACCAUGYGUAAACUGAAAACAGUGCAACUCAGAAUUCAUUAGGGGUGUUGCCACAGGAACAGGAUAUUUCGAAGAGCUUAAAAUGGGGCCCAAGCAAUAUGGCACUGGAACUCAUGUUACUAUGCUGACACAAAAUUGGGACCAAAAUACAAGCACUGAUAUUUGAAAUAGGAGUCCAAUGGCAGUCUAUUUCAUGGGAUUGAAAACAAACUGGAAUAGCUCAUCAGAAUUAAUAGCUCAUCAAGUACUAAUGCAGUCAAAACUCGUUACAGCGGACACCCUCGGGACCAUCACUUCAUGUCCGUAAUAGCGAGCAUCCGCAAUAGCGAAAAUUUUUUACUGUCAUUUCUUUGUCAGUAUUUUUGUCAGGGAUUUUUCUCCUGUCUGUAAUAGCAUAGUGUCCGUAAUAUCAGGGUGUCCGCAUGGCGAGAGUUCACUGUAGUAAGGGGUUAAGUGUACCUUUUAUUACUAUAAAGGAUCUAGACUUUAGUAUCAUAACGCAUUGAGUAAAUAAAAAUUUCAUGUUUAUUUUAUUUCGUA